GUGAGCCCCCCUCCCCCGGGCCUCUCGCUUCAGUCCCGGCCCGAGAUGGCGGAGCGCGAGCGGAGGCGGCCCCAGCAGCCGGGCAGGGCGCGCGCGGCGAGCGGCCCCCCCCGGGGCCGCAGUGAGGAGCCCCCACCUGUGUUGCCAUCCCCCAUACGUGGACCCAGCUGCGAGAGGCCGGAGUGCUACCAGGCAGAGCCGUCGGGCCUGCUGGAGUGUUACCAGUGCCGCUACCUGUGCACAGCCAGAGCUUGCUGCCAGCUCGUGGAAGUUCUGCUGACCAUGCUGAUCCUGAUCUGCAGCUCUGUGUCCUACAGCUCGACAGGCGGUUACACCGGCAUUCCCAGCUUGGGGGGCAUUUACUACUACCAGUAUGGAGGGGCUUAUAGUGGCUUUGAUGGGGCAGAGGGGGAAAAAGCCCAGCAACUUGACACACAGUUCUACCAAUUAAAGUUGCCGACAGCAAGGGCAGCAAUGGCUGUGGGAGGGGCCCUGAUGGCCUUCUCUUGCCUUCUGGUUUUGGUUGGUGUGCUGCGGCUGCCAUGGCAUUUCCCAGCCUGGCUGCUGCUCGAAUGCACCCUGGACAUAUUGAUUGCACUGGGCUUCCUGCCUGCUCUCUACUUCUACUUCCACCAUCUGUUGGGUGCCUACGAUUCUCCAGUGUGCAAAGAGAGAGAGCAUCUCUACCAAAGCAAAGGCUACCAAGGCUUCAGCUGCAGUGUGCAUGGGGCAGAGAUCGCAGCUGGGCUCUUUAGCUGCAUUGCCAUUGUGGCAUUCUUGGUCAGUGCUGGCCUUGCUAUCAGGGGAUACAAAACAGUUCGUCAGCUGAGAGAGAAGCCAGUGCAGAUGUAUGAGUUUUAGGGUGGCUUGUGCAUACCCAAGCUGUCCUACCAGCUCAUCUCUCUCUGUGGCUGCCAGCCUGGACACCAAGAAGGGGCAGCAUCGUUUCCCCUGGCUCAGGACAUUGCAUCUGCACUGCUACAAUCAGAACACAGGACCAUGGCCACAACAAGCACCCUUACCAUGAGAGAACAGCUCCAGCUAGAGCCAAGCCAAGCUGCUUUUAACCAGCCCUUGCAUUUAAAUCUUGUGCAUGUGAGCGGAACAGAUGCAUUCUUAGUUCCAUAAUUUACAUCUGCUCCAUGGCUCUGCCUCUGUUAGCAGUGACUAGCUUACUGCUUGUGCUGAGCUCAGUAUCUUGGGAGUAGAGGGGCGCCUCCAUCCCCUGAUCUGCUGAAGCAAGAUGUCCCAGCUCUCUCAUUGGCCACAGUCCCGUUCCUCCCGUACAAGGUAGAACUACCAGCACUUGGCAAGAUCCCUUGUUCAUUAGCUAAGACUGAGCUUUUCACUUCACCUUAAAUAAGCACAAUGGGACUUCAUCUCUCCUCCCAUCACUGCAUGUUUGAACAACUUUGAUUCCCAGCUGCUUGCUACAGCAGUGCAGGGAGCAGGAGAGCCCAGGCUUGGCCACUAAACCCUGCCACUAGCUCUCCUCUGAUCCUGUGUUUCCUCACAUGGCGGGGAUCAGGGAGGUCACCUUUAAACAAUGGUUCUUAUUUUUUUUAAAUGUAAUUGAUUGUAUAAGAAAAUGAUUCUACAAACCCGAUCAUUAGUGGAAGGGUGAGUGAGGACAAACACCAACCAUUGUUCCCAUAAAGCAGGGGUUCUUAAACUGGGGGUCAGGACCCCUCAGAGGGUUCUGAGGUUAUUACAUGGUGGGUCACGAGCUGUCAGCCUCCACCCCAAACCCCGCUUUGCAUCCAGCAUUUAUAGUGGUGUUUAAUAUAUAAAAGUGUUUUUAAUUUAUAAGGGGGGGGGGUUGCACUCAAAGGUUUGCUGUGUGAAAGGGGUCACCAGUACAAAAGUUUGACAGCCACUGCCAUAAAGCAAAGUGAUGUCACUCAGGCAUUAGCGUGUGACCCCAAUGAUUAGUUGAGUGCUGCAUGCCUGCGUGGAGCCUAGCCAGACAGCCCCCGCACAGGGCAGGGCUUUACACUAUAGGAACAUGUUCAAUAGCACCUAGGAUUGAGCCUGUGACCAACCCAUGGGGAAAUGGCAUGAAGGCCUGGGAAUGUAAUGGAUCACAGUGGAAACAAGAGAAGACUGUCCCAUUAAAUACAGUUUCUAUGACAAUCCCACUGUGGUGGGACACUGUCCUCACCACUUAGCUGAAUGGCCAAAGUGUAGGUGCGCCAGGGCUCCCUACAGAUCUGAACUGUAAGAGGGACAAUGGCUAGGGUUGCCAACCCUCCAGGAGUAUCCUGGAGUCUCCAGGAAUUAAAGAUUGUCACGUGAGAAAAUCUCCAGGACUACAUCCACCCAAAAUUGGCAUCCCUAACAAUGGCUGCUUCAGCCCCAGGGGGAUGUUGAAGCAAUGUGUUGGCUGUGUUGCUUUUGAUCCCUGGUAUGGUGAGUGUGGUGCUCAGCUGAGGGGCUGGCAGCCCGUAGUUAGAUGGAGUAGGCCCUCUUGUGGGAACGGCUGGAGCCUGGCGGUAUUUGAUGGCAAACGGCACGUCCCCCCACCCUUUUUCUCCUUCUGCUACAUGUGGAGAGUUGGCCAGCUAGCUUGGCAGGUGGCCUCGUCCUUUGGCUCAGAGGGGCAGGAAGACCCAUUUCUGGUGUAAGCGAGUGCUGUUGCUUUUUUCCUCCUCUUGUCUCUGCUCUUCCUCUGCACUGUUUUGCCAGUGUGGAAGGCAGACUGUGCUGUUUCUCUCCCUGUAAUAAAGGCCCAACACAACUCAAGGGAACAAGAAAUAGCUGGGUCCUUGUCUGAGCAGAGCUCCGGGUGGACAGGCAUUUACCUAAAUUCUGUAGACCAUGUGUUCUCAUGCUGGAGGGCAUAACACCGCCUGCCCUUUGUUUAUGGCUAGACAGGAGUAUCUUGAAGGGUUUUUUUGUUUAUAACAUGGGCUUACAGCCUCCAACUGGUUGAGAGCCUUGCUGGAGCUGGGCCAAGCACUAGAAAAGACCCAGCACUGGCCCCCCAGGUGCUAGCUGAGCUAAGCUAGGACUUUCUAGCCCUUCUACCUCUGCUACAAGCUGAGUUAGCUAGCUAGGCUUGGGCACUCCAGAGUGUUGCGAGGACAGGUCAGGCCUGGCUGAAGUGAAGGGGAGGCAUGUCACAGCAUUGUCUAUUUCACCCAGGUGUGGUGCAGCAAAUCCAGAUGUUACUGAAUGCUCUGGCUCUCGUGUGUGGUCACUUCUUAUUUUGUUCUUUCUGGAUUCAGUGCUGGCUUUACAGCUGGUGGCUUCAAUGAUUAUUACUACUGACCCUUCAAGGGCCACGCACUGGUGCAAAUCCAGAUCACCAUCACCAUCUUCUUGUUGGAGAUCUGAAUACUCGCUUCCUUGUUGGAAAGUCCAAGCCUCUGGAAGCUGUCUCGCUAGGAAAUGGCUGCUUCUGGAAGCCAUGUGCUGGCUCCUGGCAUGUUUGGCCUAUUGCACAGCGCUAGGUGUCUAGCUACACACAACCCUACAAAGUAGUGGCAAAGAUCUUUGCAAAGGGAGAGAGGCUAUAUGGAUGAAAUGGACUGUGAGCUGGCAGGCACUGCUGGGGAUGCCGCCACUGUUGGGAGACUCCCAGCCAUUUUAUGGAAUUAGCGUGGUUCUCAUCCUACAAUGUGAUAGAAAAAUGAACUUUUAUCAGGAUCUUCCAGAGCUCAGUGGUGCAGCUAGUGAAACAGUUUAGUGUUCUUGGCUCUCGAGUACUAGAUGGCCUCCUCAUGUGAGGCAGAGCUAGGGUAACAAGCGGUCUUAGCCACCAGCAGUGGCACCUGCAGGCCAACUCUUUCUCUAGGUAUACUAUUUCUAAGCAGAAUGUUGUGGAUAAGAAUGUGCUUUUCACUGACUUUUAUUCUUUCAUUCACAGGCUGCCAAAGUUAGUCGCUUUUUGAGAUAAUGCAGGGAAGAACUAGAUGAUAAAAUAUUAGAGACUGAUCAGAGUCCCAUAAAAUAAUUGGCCUGAUGUAUAACCUGGACUCUCAUCAGCUCUGUCUGAAGCAGCACUAAGCCAAGCUUGCUCAAUCCUUUGAUGGGAGAUUUCCUUAGAAAGCCAGGGUGGGUGCUGCAGGCAGUGAAUCACUACUGAUUCCAGCUAAUGGUGUCAAGGGACUGUGGUGCUCAGAGCUCUAAACAGCAUCUGUCCAGAAUAAGGGUCCCAUGGUGCUUUUCCAGAAGUGUUAACAGCACUUUCCUGUUUUGAUCCCCAAUGGGUAGAUACAUUCCCCCUUGGUAAAGUCUCCCUGUAGUUUCAGUUGGCAAAAGAUAUUACUAUUUUCAAAUUCUCUAGCUCCAGACACAUGGGACACCUGCAUAAGCCCCUCAAUAGUAUACAACAGGGACCAUCACUUGAAGAAAAAUAAGUUUAUAUGAUGCAAGAUUACUCCUAUAAAAUUCUGUGCCAGAUCACCAGCUGUCAUUCUGCUGCCCCCUUGUACACCGGUCACUUUUUCUUAUAGCACAGGGUAGUUCUGCUAGGAACAUAUUGUGCAGAAGACUCCAUUAGGAGAGUUGACCUACAAAUAGAUGCCUUCCAAUCAGUGCAGAGCUUGUAUUAAUCCUUUGAGCCAGGUAUUUAUAUUACUAUGAUAGAGAAGCAAUGCCAGAGACAAGUUUGUUUCCAUUUUAAGACCAAUCUGUGAUAUAAACCUCUCUUCUGGGCCUGAGUAAAUUUGGGCUGGAAAUAAGGUUUCUAAUGAUCAGAGAUGGGAGGUUCUGGAAAAGCCUUGCAAUAGGAGCAGUGAGGGAAUAAAGGACUUUUAAAACAGAACUUGAUAAAUUUACAAAUAGGAUUAUGCAAGGGGGGUGCCUGCACUCGGUCCCCUCCACGCCUAUGCUCUGUUUGUCUCUCACUCUCUGAGGGACAGGCAGGGGCGCCUUUCUGUAUAAAACGUGUCUGAUCUGGGCCUCAAGAGCAAGGUUAAUCAGUGGAGACUGAGCAAGAUCUGAGACUUUGGAAAACAGUGUUCAGCUAUGAAAAUUCUUCUGUCAGAUCUCACAAUAAAGCUUCCACACUUUACAGUAAAGAUAUUAAAUGCUGAGCUCUUCCUUGUAUUCUUUAUAAACAAUUAAAGGUGAACUUUUUAAAAGAG